AUGGCAUUCCUUAGCGAAGAGAGUUACAAAGAUGCCAUCGAGGAGUGUCACAGUUACAAUGCCCGUCUAUGUGCCGAGCGCCAUCAGCGCCUGCCCUUCCUGGACUCUCAGACUGCAGUGGCCCAGAGCAACUGUUACCUCUGGAUGGAAAAGCGACACCGUGGUCCGGGCCUGGCACCGGGCCAGUGGUGUUCCUAUCCUUCUCGGCGUUGGCAGAAAAAACGCCAGGUCCACCUUUCUGAAGUUCCGCCGCUCUCCUUCUCAUCCACCAAACCAGACAUAGAGGGGACUCCAAAGAAGGAAGGACAAAUUUCUCAGGCUGGAAGCAGCUCUAGGACCUCCAUGCGCACUAACCCAGGAAAGCGGGCUGCCCAAGACCCCGGAGCUAAUGGUGAUCGCCUGGGCGGAUCUCAGAUUACCAACAGCGGGGCAGAGAAACAGACCCUGGAGUUCCAGGAGGAAGAUGAGGACCGGGUGAAUGACCAUGAGGAAGAUAAAACCAAGCCCAAGCAGGGCAAGGGCAAAGCCAAGGCCAAAAGUGUGAGUACAACCUCCAGUAAGUGAUAAGUUCUGGAUGCUUCUAUCCUAAAGGGGACAAACUCUCUAUACUUGCUAGCUCCUGUGCUAGGCCCCAUUACUCAGUGGACAGAGAAGAUGGAAGAGGUCUUUGAGCGGCUACUUGUUACUCAGCCAGAUGUGUUCAUGACGAUUGGUUUAGAUUCCAUUGGAACCACAGAUAACAGCCUUAAAGCUGGUGUGAUUAAGAUCAAGAAACCUUAA